AUGUUUUGAAAACAAAUCGCGCAAGCAGUUCAUUUUAUUUUCCUUUGAAAAGUCAAAAACAUUCUUAAAAUCGCUAAAAUAAUAAUCAUGUUAUCAACCAGCGACAUAACUUUGACCAACGGUUGCAAUAAUCAUAUUAUAAAUCCAGCAGCAGUAUCUCCGCCUCUUUUGAAACGCCGUGCAGCCUCCGGCCCUCAACUAACAACCAAUCAGCAAUUAUCAACGAAUAUUGACGAACAAUCGAUCAGCGAUGAUACGGACAAAUCCAAUAACACACCGCUCGUCAAACCCCCCUAUUCCUAUAUUGCCCUCAUUACUAUGGCUAUACUUCAGUCACCGCAAAAGAAACUAACAUUGAGUGGCAUUUGUGAUUUUAUAAUGACGCGCUUCGCAUAUUACAAGGAUAAAUUUCCCGCCUGGCAAAAUUCGAUUCGUCAUAAUCUUUCGUUAAAUGAUUGCUUCAUUAAAGUUCCCCGCGAACCAGGCAAUCCCGGCAAAGGUAACUUCUGGACAUUAGAUCCUCUGGCUGAGGAUAUGUUCGACAACGGUAGUUUCUUACGACGAAGGAAACGUUACAAGAGGGCGCCAACAAUGCAAAGAUUUCCAUUUUCUAGCGUUUUUGGCACACUGUCGCCGUUUUGGAUACGCAAACCGGUGCCACUUGUACCCGUACAUUUUAAUGUGAACAAUUUUACCGGCAAUCGUGAUUGUUUCGACAUGCUACAUGGUCCGUCGGAUGUUUUCGAUCAAUCACUGCGUAAUGAUAAGAAAUUUAAUUUCUUUGCCAACUCUGAGUUACCCAUGUACGCAGCGGCUACGAAUUCUGGCGAAAAAUUUGAUGCAUUUUGUCCGAGUGUCGCUCUACCCGAUCGUACUAAUGCCAACGUAAUGGACUUAAACAAUAUUAGUGAUCUAGAGAAAAUGAAAUUGUACUCUAUGAGCAAUUUAUCGCAUAAUGGUGAAGAACGGCAUUUUCAAGCCAAUCAAAUGCAACAACAGUCACAGCAACAGUAUGAGCGUACCUUAAGUUGUCACGACAGCGAUGAAUCAUCAAGUGAUCGCAUCGAUAUUGAAAGCCCCGAUGAGCAAGAUUCACACAUAUCCGAUUCUAUAGAAAGUUUAAGUGUCAAUCGUUUAGAUCCGCAAAGUACGGAAACCGACGAAAUCAUCAAAGGUUUAAAUCAACAGCAACAAAAAGAUGCCAAUUGUAAAAGUUCCACCACUUCCUGCGUAUUACUGUUCAAUAAUUAUGAACUAUCGAACGGCUCGAUAAUCCAGCAUAAAACAACCCGUCCAGAGAAAAAUAAUGAUAGCGCGGCUGGAAAUUGUACUGAUAUUAAACAUCCUGUGUCGAUAAACAAACUAAAGGACAGUGAUAGUAGUUACAAGACCACAGUAUUGCCAUUCGAUUACGAACACGGGCGUUCUCUGAGGCAGAAUAGUGCACGAGAUUUUCGCAUAGAGACCUUAAUUGGUAAUACCGACGCCGAGGCCUGUGAUUGA